AUGACUGCAGAAUCCUUAGAAAGAAUUGAAUCUUUACAAAAUUUAUUAGAUUCAACUUUGGAAACAUUUGAUUCUGCCAAGAAAUUGCUUGACAUCAAUGAACAACUACUUAAAUCAGUGAACAGUUCAGAGAACGCACCAUCUUCAUCUGAACUUCAGCAAGUUAAAAAGAAUUUCAUCCUUGAUUCAUUUAAGAUUAAUAAAGCUCAAAAGGAAUUAAAAGACUGGGAGAAUGAUUGCAGAAAUCGUGUAAUUGAUACUGAAACUGUUGAAUAUAACGAAACCUUGGGCAAAAUUUCUAGUAUUAAUCUCAAGAUUGGUCAAGAAUCGUAUACGUACGAAGCAUUAUCAGGUUCGAUAGCAUUACCAAAAUUUAUUAUAUCGCGAAGAACGUUGGAAACUUUGAAUGAUGAAAGUUUGUUGAAAAUUGCUCAAGCUGGAAGAGACCAGUUGCCAAGACACGUACAGCUCAGCGAUCUAUUUUCCUUGGAUAGUUCUUCUGCGUUGCCAACACCUGAUUUUAAGAGAAUUAGCCAGUUGAUAAAUAUAGAGUACCGUAUGAGGUUAGAAAAGAGGUUGAAAUUGGAAUUGUUGACCCUAAUCAAGCAAAAACUUGAUAACGAAAAUAGAUCUUGGACUAAGAAUCUAAGCUACUUGAAUAAUUUUAUUAACAAAAGUGUUCCAGAAGCCAUUGCAGAAGUUGAAAAGAUCAAAUCUGAAGAAAAUGAUACUAAAUUAAAGAAAGAGCAAUUGGAGAGUGACGAAUCCCUGGAUGAAGAAGAAGUUGAGAUACAGGAAGUUGAACGAGAAGAGGAAGAAGGGGAACAAGAGGAAGUGAUUCAUGGACAUAAUAUUGAAAUUGAAGAAGAGAAUGUUGAUGAUGAUGAUGAUGAUGAUGAUGAUGACGGUCUUGCUAAAGGUUCUGAUGUCGAAGACCUAGUUGUAUCGCAAGUCGAAAGUCAUGAAAAUGAACCUGUAGAAGAAGUUGAUGAUGACGAUGACGACAUGUUGAUUGAUCAUUAA